GUUUAAACCUACAUAAUUGUAUUUUCAGGAUUUGAAUCUUGUAGGGAAAGCUGGUGUUUUUGAUUCAAUCAAUUGGCAGAGUUUUUUUAUAUUUUUUUAUUUUAAAUUCGGGAGUGUUUUAUCUGGACCUUGAAGAGCAGGCCAAGGGACUUUUGUUAAGAAAUGGAACAAGUGGUACCCGAUGGAGAUGCUGGAAUAGACAUUCCAGUACAAGCAGCUGAGAUGGAAGUAGAAGCUCCUGGUGCAGCAGCAGCUGCAGAUGAUGCCCAGUUAGACGAGCAUCGGAGUCGCUCUCUCGGCCGCCGUCGCCGUCGGUCUCGUCGAACUCUCCUACACUCACGUCGCGGGCGUGGACGGGGUGCACGGGGUGGACGUGGGCGUGGAAGAGGUAGCUCCAGGCGCGCGAGGAGCGAGUCUCCGAUUGACCCGAUUCCGAUUGACCCGUUUAUACCUCCUAUGGAGGGAAUCCCGAAUCCGUUAGCGGAUCAUGCAGCAAUGGUCAGGGCGGAGAUCGAGUUGGAAGCUGUGAGAGAAAGCUCGAAUCCCCACGGGGACGGUCCGUCCCCGUUGCCGUCGUCUGAGGACGAAGAUUAAAAAAUCAGAAUCAAUUAUUUUCAAUAAUCCAGAGGUGAUAGGGUGGAAGAGGAUAAUAUUAAAAAACAACACGGAGAUGAAUAAAUUCUAAUUUAAUUUAGCGAUAAUAUAAAAAAUCUUUUAAAAACUGAAUCACUUAUAACAGAUAUUAUUCAUCUUCUACUAGAGGAAAAACAAAACUAUAUUUAAUAACAAUUUGACAUUUACUAUGCAUAUGAAUAUUCUUGCAUCUGUUUUAUCUCUGCUCCUACACAUCGUUUUCUUUGUCCUCAUCUUCUGCUAGUACAUGAGCACAGGGCCUAGAAAAAUAAAUAUUAGAUCAUUCUCAGAAAAUUAUAGAAUUUACCAGAAGAUGAUUUACAAGCAAGUCUUGUGUCUGAUAUAGUUACUCACGUUUCAGUUCAUAGUUAUAUUUAGAAAACAGGACACUCCAGUGCAAGAGAUGAGGAGAUUUAUGAUUCUGAUGAUGGAAAGACAAAUUUUUUAAUUCGACAGAGUCACUUUGUAAAAAUAUGUAAAUGUGUAUGUCGAUGUUGUAGAAAUAAAUAAAACUGAUUGUACAAAUAAAA